UACGCACAAUUCUAUCGACUAAUACCCGUGACACUCGAUGCCAGCUCAAAGUAUAUAUAGAAUUAUAACGUGGGACCACAAGGCUGCCAAUCGCCUGCACAAAGCUUUCCACGCCUGCAAACUUUUGAGAGACAAAUAGUCUGACGUAAACAUGCAAAACACACAAAUAACGGCUUUUAUUAUAACUGGACAGCCAGGAGUCGGUAAGACUACGCUUAUACGCAAACUAUGCACCGCAUUGAGCGUCCACAGCAAACUGGCCGGCUUUUACACAGAGGAGGUAAGAGCGAAUGGCCAGCGGAUUGGAUUCGACGUGGUUACUGUGAACGGAACACGUGGAAUUCUGGCACGUGAGUGUCCAGCGGAUAAUCUACGCCGGCCCAGGCUGGGCAAAUAUGCUGUAUAUGUAAGCGAUUUCGAGGAUCUGGCGUUGUCAACUCUGAGAGUCGACCCCCGAUCGCAACAACUGCUGCUGAUUGAUGAAAUCGGGAAAAUGGAGCUGUUAAGCAAUCGCUUUGAAGCUGCCGUCAGUGAAUUGCUUAAGCAAAAGCAGCCCAUUCUAGUCACCAUACCGUUACGUACGCGUCAACCCAUUCCGAUCGUGGAACGUCUUAAGAGCUCACCUGAUGCAGUCACCUUCCAUGUGACCAGAAGCAAUCGCGAUGGCCUGACACAAGUUAUUACAGAGUAUAUUGUAGAUGCGCUGUUUAAAGGCAAAUAGUUAAUUGCUUCGUAUGGGAAGAUGCGGCGCAGGCGGCGAAAACAAAGUUUCAUAUUGAUUCGUUGUAACUUGUCGGGACUUUGUCAAAAAAGUCAACAAAGCAUUUAAAAAA